GUAUUAGAACAUGGUGUUGGGUUGUCGACUGGCUCUGAUUCUGAGGUCAUUACACAGCUGUUGACCUCGUCCCCACCAGAAGGCGAGCCAAAUGGUCCGAACUGGACUGCCAGAAUUCGUCAGAUGAUGAAGAAAACACCCACAGCAUACUCGCUGCUCAUAAUGCAUGGAAGCUCUAUGUAUGCAGUUCGGGAUCCAUAUGGAAACAGGCCUCUCUGUAUUGGCCGGCUGACCAGUGGCGCAACUGCAGAGGAAAAAGAUGUAGAUAUUGAAACAGAAGGAUGGGUAGUGUCGUCCGAAUCCUGUUGUUUCCAGUCUGUAGGUGCAAGGUACUUCCGUGAAGUUGUUCCGG